UGGCGGGUGCAGACAGAGCCCAGGUCAGUGAGCCAGGAGGCGGAUCCCAGGCAAAAGAUAUAAGGGCUUUGGACGCUGAGCGCUGCAGCUGCGGAGUGUCCAUCUCAAAGAGCGGCAGCUGCGGGAAGAAGGACGCCAAGGCCAGCCUGACGCACCUACUCCUGACCACGGCCAGAAAGAGCCUGUCUCUGUUCCCACUGCACCCUAGGCCCCGCCACCCAGAGCCCAGAGCCCAGAUGGAAAGUGUGCAGGAGCUGAUCCCUCUGGCCAAGGAGGUGAUGGCGCAGCGGCCUCGAGGGAAGCUGGUGAAGCUGUACGUGCUGGGCAGCGUGCUGGCGCUCUUCAGUGUAGUGCUCGGCCUGAUGGAGACCGUGUGCAGCCCUUUCAUAGCCGCCAGCCGCGUGCGCGACCAGGAAGCUGCAGUGGCCGAGCUUCGGGACGCUUGCGAGCAACAGUCCCUCCACAAGCAGGCCCUGCUGGGCGGAGGCAAGGCACAGGAGGCGACCCUGAGCAGCCGGGCCCUGUCCCUCAGGCAGCACGCCUCCUAAGGCGGGGAGGAGAGAGCUAGACAAAGAGUAGCAGAGAGAGACCAUGACGCCGGUGGGAGAGAGCAGAGUCGCGCGCUGUUCCGAGAAGCCACCGAAUCCAGAACUGACCCUGCACAGAUCACCCAAGGGGUCUGGGGUUGACUUUUGCUGCUAUGCAGCAUGCACUGUGAUUUGUCCAAGGCUGUGCGAGCGAUCAAGGAGCUAUCACUUUGCAGUAGGGAGGGAGACAUACUUUUUAUACUGUUGUUUUUAUUGUUGUUAUUAUUAUUACAGUGACUACCGUUUUUCAUUUUUAAAUAAAAACAUUUUAUACU